AUGGCCUCUCCUGCUCCAGGAACACCGGCGGCCGCCAACAACGGGAGCUGGACUUCAUUUGUCAAGUCCAUCUCCUCGUUCAACGGCGAUCUCUCAUCGCUGACGGCCCCGCCGUUCAUUCUGUCAUCGCAAUCCUUGACCGAGUUCUCAAGCUACUGGGCGACGCAUCCCUCGAUCCUGACGGCGCCCGUGGCCGAGCCCGACGCGGCCAAGCGAGCCGCCCUGGUGCUCAAGUGGUUCCUGUCGACGCUAAAGCACCAGUACGCCAGCCGGAGCGAGCAGUACGGCAACGAGAAGAAGCCCUUGAACCCCUUUCUGGGUGAGCUGUUCCUGGGCACCUGGACCGACAGCGUGGGCGAGACGACGCUUGUAUCCGAGCAGGUGAGCCACCACCCGCCCGCCACCGCCUACUGCAUCCGCAACGACAAGACGGGCGUCAAGCUGGAGGGGUACAACGCGCAGAAGGCCUCCUUCUCCAGCACCAUUGUCGUCAAGCAGAUCGGCCACGCCCUGCUUACCCUCCCUCUUGAUGGCGGCAAGGAGAAGGAAACGUACCUCAUCACCCUUCCCAGCCUGCACAUCGAGGGUCUCCUCUUCGGCGCCCCCUUCGUCGAGCUCGAUGGCUGUUCCUACAUCACCAGCUCCUCGGGCUUCACCUCCAAGAUCAAGUUCAGCGGCAAGGGGUGGAUGAGCGGCGAGAAGAACACCGUGUCCGCCAUCGUAUUCCCCACCGGCCGCGAGGACUGCGACCGCGACGUUCUCUACAGCAUGACGGGCUCCUGGACAAAGGAACUCACCCUGUUCGAGGGCCCCGCCAAGAAGAAGAAGGUGCUCGAAACCUACUGCGCCGCAAACGCCGCCUCCACUCAGACCGAACUCUCCGUCAAGUCCAUUGACCAGCAGCACCCCCUCGAGUCCCGCCGCGCUUGGGAGCACGUCGCCGCCGCCAUCGCAAAGGGCGACAUGGACGCCACCUCGGCUGAGAAGACCAAGAUUGAGCAGGCCCAGCGUGACCGUCGCGUCAAGGAGCAGGCUGAUGGCGCUACCUGGGUGCGCCGCUACUUCACCGCCAUCGAAGGUGUUGACCCCACCCUCAAGGCCCUCGGCGCCGCCGUCGGCAUCCCCCCUGACGGCGACUCGGACAAGACCGGUGGUCUCUGGAGGUUUGACCCAGCCAAAGCCGAGAAGGCUGCCGCCGAGAAGCUCAGCCCCGAGGAUAUCAGGGAGAUUGAGAAGAGCCUUCUGGGAAGAUGA